AUGUCUCAACAACAAACAAAAAACUGCAUUACUUUACGGGGCUCUGCACAAAUACUUUGCGAAUAUUUGAAGUUUGCUGUUAAUUCAGUUUUAUUUCAAAGGGGCCUAUAUCCUCCGGAGACUUUCAAAGCCGAACAACAAUAUGGAAUAACUCUCCUCAUAUCAGAAGAUCCUCAAAUCAAAAGUUUUUUAACCAACCUCCUGACACAGAGUGAAGAAUGGAUUAUAAAUAAAAAAGUAAGCAAGUUAUCCCUUAUAAUACUUAAUGUUGCAAACAAGGAAGUAUUAGAAUGUUGGGAUUUUAAUGUACAAUAUGAAGAGGGUGACGUUGCCUUAUCCAAAGAGAAGAAUGAAACAGUUGGGAGCAAAGAUUUAAAAAAGAUUAAACAAGAAAUUCGCGAUGUGAUGUUACAGAUUGCUGCUACAAUAUCUUAUUUGCCACUUUUAGAUUGUAGAUGCUCUUUUGAUGUGUUAGUUCAUGCGAAGACAGAUUGCGAUAUACCAGAGAAAUGGGCGGAAGCCGAGCCAGUAGCCAUUACUAAUGCACAGAAUGUGCAACUCAAAUCAUUCUCUACUAGUCUUAAUAAAAUGGAAACAAUAGUCAGCUAUAAACUUAAUGAUUAA